GCUUUCUCUAUGCACAGACCGACCCCUGGGGGCGGCUGGGGGCUGUUCCCGGCCGUCCCCCCAGGCGGCGCGCUUCCAGGCAGCGGAGGACGAGCUCUGCCGUAGAACGAUGCGAUUGAAAGAGCUGACCGUGAUUGGUUGAAGGGAUUUGAAUCAUUAACCAAUAGCAGCAUGGGAUUUGCCAUCGACCAAUUACAAAGAUGUUCGUACGAGGCGAGACGUCACAGGCUCUGUUAUCCAAUGGAGGCGCUGAUAGCUGGAGCCAGCGAUUUGCAUAUGGCCCCUAUAAAUAGGAGAGAAAUCGCCUCGGCCGCCACUCCGGGCUGUGCAGGGACGGGGGAACGUUCGCAAUGCCUGAGCCAGCCAAGUCUGCGCCCGCCCCCAAGAAGGGCUCCAAGAAAGCCGUCACCAAGACCCAGAAAAAGGGCGACAAGAAGCGCAAGAAGAGCCGCAAGGAGAGCUACUCGAUCUACGUGUACAAGGUGCUGAAGCAGGUGCACCCCGACACGGGCAUCUCGUCCAAGGCCAUGGGCAUCAUGAACUCCUUCGUCAACGACAUCUUCGAGCGCAUCGCCGGCGAGGCGUCGCGCCUGGCGCACUACAACAAGCGCUCGACCAUCACGUCGCGGGAGAUCCAGACGGCCGUGCGGCUGCUGCUGCCCGGCGAGCUGGCCAAGCACGCCGUGUCAGAGGGCACCAAGGCGGUCACCAAGUACACCAGCUCCAAGUAGAGCGCCGCGGAUCCUGUUUUUAACCCAAAGGCUCUUUUAAGAGCCACCAACUUGCUCGAGUAAAAGAGCUGUAUUGCUGGUUUCUGUGAGAGGUGUGCAAUCAACUGUGGAAGUACUUAAUUUCUUAUGGCAGGUGAUGUUAAUCAUUUCACUUCAUUUUCAAGAGAGAAAAGUUGUGAAUAUAGGUAAGAAUUAAGCUUCUACUAGAAGUACUGAAUAACAUUUGAUAGGCUGAAGCAGUUGCAUGCUAUUGAUUUGGGCGAGUUCUGAUGCAGUUUUUGCUAGCUAUUGAAACUCAGUUGUUGGGGACGGUAAGUACUUCAUCUAUACUGCUGUGAUAAUUGUUCUAAUUUCUAAGGAUUUGUACUUCUAAGUGUUACUGCAAUUAAGUCCUAGUUGGUGCUGUAGUUUGCUUUAUGUACCCUACAAAUGUUCACCUAUAGAAUAAAAGUCCUAUUUUUUACCUA